UCCUCCUCUGCCACAAGCCGAGCACCGCCUAGCGAAAACUGCUUUUGCAUGGAGAUGGCGAAGCGGUUGUGAUGUUUUCGUGUUGGAGCUUCGAAGAUGGAGAAGAGAGCGUCGCUGGGAGUUCAAAAGAAGAGACCCACGAAGCGAAGCAAGAGGAGGGGCUUGCUGAGUUAUCUCGGGACCGACUCUCACAUGUUCGCCCCCUUGAUCUCUCGUUCAAGCUCUCAUCUUUUCCCGCGAAAGGCUCUGCUUUUUUCUGAUACUGGGGGGAGAGCAAGAGAAGAAAAUGAAAGGAGAUUGGUGGAGAAAAUACGAGAGUACUUGAAGUCCGAUUCAUACAUGUAUGCGCCGAUAGCAGACACUGAAGAGAGUAAAGACACUGUCGCAGGUCCAAUCUGCCAACUUGAGAAGGCAUUUGUUGUAUUAUCAGCUAGGGAAAUGACAACGGACGACCAUUCGACAAAUCAGUCGGCAUGUCUAAUUGUAGAGAACCACCUCUCCAAUGACAACCACCCCGAGAUUAGUCUUGCAGGCCAUAGUUUAGGACAAAGGGAGACAGUUAAGCACAUGGUGUACCAGAACUGCCGCACGUCUAUGGUGUCAGGUUGUACCCUGCACCACUUAAAUCGAGUCAUUUCAGUAUUUCUCAUAUAUGAGAGAAGGCUAAAUGCUAGAAGCUAGUAACAUAUCCAAUGAUUCUUAAAUGAUUCUUGUUUUAUGAAGUGGUUGCAGGGAAACAGAGGCUGAAUAAAGAGUCCACGAAAGCUGUCAUUGACUGAAGGGCGUCUCAAGAAGACAGAAUAUCCUAGUUUCCACGCCUCCCACAGUCGGACCACAGAGAAUUGGGAAAUCUCUCUUCCGUGCGGUGCUUCCGUUUUUGUGUGCCAGGUUACGGGUCUAAUGCUUGUGAAUUGGGUAUGUAUGCUUUUUCUGUCUUCUUGAAGUUCCGCAGUAUAGCGCAAUGGGUACAUUUGGUGGCAUUCGACUAUCAUGGUUUAUGCAACAAAUGUUCUUAAUUGAAGUAUGUUGAGGUAGUUUUUGGAAUGGAACCCCUAUUAAUAGGCGCGGUUGCUCCUGAAAUGUCAAAAGAACUUACGGUAA